AUGACUGGGGGCUACAGCUAUGAGAAGCCAGAUACAUCAAAGUGGAAGCUAUCAGACCUUGAGUUGGGGGAUACGUUAGGGACAGGUUCCUUUGGGCGCGUGCGCAUCGCGAAGCUGAAGGGAACAAAUGACUACUACGCAGUGAAGUGCCUCAAGAAGCGUGAGAUCCUCAAGAUGAAGCAGGUUCAACAUCUUAGCCAAGAAAAGCAGAUUCUGAUGGAGCUCUCGCACCCGUUUAUUGUGAAUAUGCUGUGCUCCUUCCAGGAUGAGCGUCGUGUGUACUUGGUGCUUGAAUUUGUGAUAGGCGGGGAAAUGUUCACCCACCUUCGCUCUGCCGGCCGGUUU